AUGAAUAUAACUUUACUUAUCUUACCAGUUUUAAAGGCAAAUGAACAUUCAGGGAAAAAUGAAGAAUAUUUUUCAAAUAACGAACUUGAAGAAAAUCAAAAUAUACCUAUUUAUAGAAAAUCAACAAAGGUGCAGAAACUUCCACAAAAAGGAAGAAGAACAGAAAAUCACGAAACAGUAAAUCAGCCUGAAGUUCAACAACCCGUAGUUAAAAGAGCUCGGAUAAAAGUCACAAAGAAUCAUUGCGAUUGA